ACUGAGCUGAGUUGGUCGGGGCCAUGCAGCAGCAACGUCACUCCCUGACGGCGGCGGCAUCAGAGCAGCACGGACGGCCAUCCGCGCAGCAGCGACUCGCUCGCUCCGGAACUCGGCGAAGGAACACAACGCUGGACUUCGGCUUUCCGCUCUGGGGCAAAUUAUUUGUUUCACCGCGACUUUCCGCUUUUGUGCCCAAGUGUCUAAGUAAUACCCAGGACCACAAGGCUCGAGCAAACGCAAAAAUGGUGAUUACCAGCGUGACAUCCCUCGGAAAGACAUCGCUGGCUUUGGAUGCAGAGUACAGAUGUUUGCAGUGAAGACCAGAGAGGACGUAGUAACAGGUGGUACGUGCCAGCGUGGAUUUGGAGGUGUGGAAGAGAGCUGAAGAUCAUGGGUAAAUCCAACAGCAAGCUCAAGCCAGAAGUGGUAGAGGAGCUGACAAGGAAAACCUACUUUACAGAGAAGGAGGUGCAGCAAUGGUACAAAGGCUUCAUCAAGGACUGCCCAAGUGGGCAGUUGGACGCUGUGGGCUUUCAGAAGAUCUAUAAGCAGUUUUUUCCUUUCGGAGAUCCCACAAAGUUCGCCUCCUUUGUCUUCAAUGUGUUUGAUGAAAAUAAGGAUGGACGCAUCGAGUUCUCUGAGUUCAUCCAGGCCCUGUCAGUGACUUCCCGGGGGACUCUAGAUGAGAAGCUGCGAUGGGCUUUCAAAUUAUAUGAUCUUGACAAUGAUGGCUACAUAACCCGAGACGAGAUGUUGAACAUUGUGGAUGCCAUAUAUCAGAUGGUGGGGAACACUGUAGAGUUGCCAGAGGAAGAAAACACACCAGAGAAGCGUGUGGACCGCAUUUUUGCAAUGAUGGAUAAGAAUGCCGAUGGGAAGCUGACUCUGCAGGAGUUUCAGGAAGGAUCAAAGGCAGAUCCCUCUAUUGUUCAGGCAUUGUCGCUCUAUGAUGGACUUGUGUAGGGAUGUAAGCGCAAAGAAUAAAGAAAGGAACUUCAGUCUGUGGGUUGAAACCAAAGUGAAGAAACCACUUUCUGCUCUGAGUUUGUUCCUAUGAAUUAUUCAUCUGGCUCAUUUGUUUACUGGCAAUCAAAUAGUCUUGCAGUGCUGAAUGAAGAGCGAGACCGGCCUCCUCUCACUCCCUAAUGUAAUGCACUGGCCGCUGCCAAUUGUUGCUGACAUGCUGCUCAGCGUUUUGUCAACUGUGAAGUGAGCUUGUGAAGACAUAUUUUUUUGUAAUGCAGCAGCUCUGUUAGUGAUUACCCAGCAUGCUCUGAACACAACCAGGUAUCGUAACACAACCCUAUUCACAACCCUCUUACAACUUCUCUGAUGGAUCCAAUUCAGCAUCCCCCUGUCCGUUACACGCCAGUGCAGCACAUCACACCAGUAAUGGGAGGAAGCCACAUUUUAACUCGAUCACCCAGAAGUGGACUGCAAACCCAUGUCGCACUGCCACCCGGCACCUGUGUCAAGUAUCUGCCCAUCUACAUUUCCAAUAACGGACUGUGAACAAAUAUAUCCUCUGAUGUGAUAGAGACCUCAAACCUGUCAGCAAAACCUUCAGUCAUUCGUCUGUGCUUCUACAGCUACAUGGCACUGCAUACACCCUUGAGUACUGUGGACUGCGUGCAAACAUUUCUGCAAGUGAAGUGUUGUAGUUUCCCCGUGGAUAGUCCGAGGAACUGAAUUCCCAUGGAGAUGUUUGUGUGCAUCUUGUUCACAUGCUGUAAAGCAGUGGAUGCAAGUGAACUGCUCAGAGGAACUGUGCUGCUGCUUCAUCACUACACAGAGAGACUCUAAACCCAGGAGAAUAUUUGGAGAGGGUUACUUUGGUGAUAAUGUGAACACUAACUUAAAGUUACAAAGCAGUAUAGUGUGUAUUAUAUAAUGUAAAUAUAAUGGUAAUUUAUUUUCUGCUUUUGCUGCGUUUAUGGGAAUUUCCUCAUAAAUAUGGAAUGAAGUUUUAUUUUUUAUCAAAGGUGUUGAAAUUUAUUGCACUGUAUUUUUCAUUAUUAUUGCCCGAUUCUUAUUUUCGUCACGCCCCGAGGUUUCCUUUUCUUGAUAGAACAGGGUUUUUAUUUGAGGAGGAAUGUUAAAGUAGCACAGAGUUUUCUAUGGAUUGUGUUACCGUGUUUGCAGUCUGUGCAUCCUGUCCUGGCUUCCUUUCCCCCAUUUGCACGAGCGUCCAGUGCUCGUGCUGUUGCAGAGCUGCAUCCCGAAUGGCCCGACCAAGCAAAGCAGCCAGUUCACACAGCUAACAACUGAAUCGAGGCUCAGUAUUUGUUUUGAGAGCACCCUCUGCAACACAAAGCCCACAAAGGUCACUGAGAGGCACAAACAGACAUAAUUUCUGAUUGUAAAGCUUUUCAAGCUCUGUGGUCACAGUUGUCUGCUUGGUAUUUGUUCUCUGAGACCUGUGCAUGUAAUGAUGCCCCCUACUCCAUUUAAAAUUGUUUUUUUUUUUUUUUUUUAUUAUGCCUUAUGCAAAUGAUAAUUUACAAAAAUUUAAAUGUCAUUUGCCUGUUUAACAGUAUAAGAGCACAGAAUAAAAUGCAUUUAAG